UCUCGCUUCUAACCAUGUACUCGCGUCAAUUGUAACAGAUUCUGAAAGUGAAAAGUAAGUCAGUAUGUCGUGAAUAGGAAGGGUUCAGUGAAAUGCCGGUGAUGAUAGGAAAAUUAUUAAUCCCAAGAGUGAAUCAUAUCAAGAACAGGAUAAGCUCUAAAUAAACAAAACAAAAUAUAAAGCUUAUCGACCGAAAACAUGAAAAAAGUUUAAUGACAUCCAAACAGGCAAGGCAACAAGACACAAUUUUAGAACUUAAUUAACGGAAUUCAACGUACAGAACGAAAACAGUGACUAAACAAUAAAAAACAAGACCAAUUCAAUUCAUUCAUGAAGAUCAAUUCGACAUCUCCAUAAAUUCCAAAUGCGCAAGCCCCAAGGUAUGUUUGUAUGAUGUUCAGCUUGAUAACGAGCACUUGCCGAUUAUAUAACGAAACUCGUAUUGCACACUCACACAUUAUCACAACAAGUCUUUAGGAACAGAGAGAAAAUUUUUUCUUUUCCCCCUCGUUCAAUGUGAAAAAUCCCUUGCGUUAGACGAUAUAGAGUUUUUGCAGGGCGUGGAAUGAAAAGUGUCUCGAUUAUAAUCAUCUGAGAACGGGAAAAAUCAGAUAGUUUGGAUUUUAAUUUAAAAGUGUCAUAAUUUGCAUAAACAGAUCUAGUCAUAUAUCCAGUGCAAGUUACAAGAAAAUUAAGUAAAAUACGGAAGAAAAAUCGCCCACCGUCAUAUUAUAGAAACGGAGAAAAAGUGUAAGAGAGAGAGAGAGAAAGAGGGAGAGAGAGGAAAAUUGAAAACGCAACCAAUUCACUUUAAUUAAGCAUUUUUUUCUUUUGCUGUCGGCCACAUUUUUGUGUGAGGCCGAAGUGACGUGAGAGGAGAAAAAAAAAGUUAUCAAAACGUUCUGCUCCGAAGCAAUACGAAUUAUGGGGUGCGCACAAUCAGCAGAAGAGCGGGCUGCUGCCGCCAGGAGUCGUUUGAUUGAACGAAAUUUGAAGGAGGAUGGAUUGCAGGCCGCUAAGGAUAUCAAGCUUCUGUUGCUUGGUGCUGGAGAGUCGGGAAAAAGUACAAUCGUGAAACAAAUGAAAAUUAUUCACGAGAGUGGCUUCACAUCUGAGGACUUUAAGCAGUACAGACCCGUCGUGUACAGCAAUACAAUUCAAUCGCUUGUUGCAAUCUUAAGGGCCAUGCCCAACCUAAACAUUACAUUUGGAAACAAUGAGCGUGAGUGCGAUGCAAAAAUGGUGUUCGAUGUUGUACAACGUAUGCACGAUACAGAACCAUUUUCAGAAGAUUUGCUUCUGGCAAUGAAACGAUUGUGGUCGGAUACAGGUGUUCAAGAGUGUUUCUGUAGAAGUAACGAAUAUCAGCUUAACGAUUCAGCUAAAUACUUCUUGGACGACUUAGAUCGCUUAGGUGCGAAAGAUUAUCAACCAACUGAACAAGAUAUUUUAAGGACCCGUGUUAAGACGACAGGAAUCGUUGAAGUUCACUUCUCGUUUAAAAACCUUAACUUUAAAUUGUUCGAUGUCGGCGGACAGAGAUCUGAGCGAAAAAAAUGGAUUCAUUGCUUUGAAGACGUAACAGCUAUUAUAUUUUGUGUCGCUAUGUCGGAGUAUGAUCAAGUUCUUCAUGAGGAUGAAACGACAAAUCGUAUGCAAGAAUCGCUGAAGCUUUUCGACUCAAUAUGUAACAACAAAUGGUUCACCGACACUUCCAUUAUUCUUUUCUUAAACAAGAAAGAUUUAUUCGAGGAAAAAAUACGAAAAUCUCCGUUGACCAUUUGCUUUCCAGAAUACACAGGCGGACAAGAAUAUGGUGAAGCGGCUGCUUACAUUCAAGCUCAGUUUGAGGCUAAAAAUAAAUCGACAUCAAAGGAAAUUUAUUGCCAUAUGACAUGUGCAACUGAUACCAACAACAUUCAAUUUGUGUUCGAUGCUGUUACUGAUGUUAUCAUAGCGAAUAAUUUGCGAGGUUGUGGUCUGUACUAAAGAGGGAUAUUUUUCUAUUAUCUUCCCUCUCCUCCCCCUCAACGCGGAUUGUCUGUCUCUGCUGUUCAUUCACUUUUGUUGUUUUAUUUUUAAUUUGACCUCAUCUCGAUGUAUUCAAGAGAAGAAGAAAAAAUGAAAUUGAGGAAAUGUGGAAGUAAUUAGUUGUACGUAUUUUACGUUUUUCUUUUUUGUUUGAUUUUAUUCGAUCAAAAUAAUGCAAGAAGAAGAAAACAUAAAGAAGUCUGCACAUCGCAAAGAUUGGCUAUAAUAAAUAAUUCUAAUAAAUAUUAACAAUGCAGCUACAUAACUAAGAUUCACUCUGUCAUAAUUAAUUAUAAAUUGUGUUUCCACGUAUUCUUCAGUGAUUUUACAUUCACAAGCUCUUUAACUUUACAUUUACAUUUACCUAACAUUCCCAGUUUCAUUUCCUUCAUUUAUUCAUUUUAUGAUGAAAUUAAGUGGGCACAAAAACGCAAAAUUCUAUUUAAACAAAUUAUUUAUCAUAAUUAAUUAUAAAAUUAUGUCAAUCGUGGCACAAAAACAACAAGUAAUGCAUUUAACAACAUUAUAAGAACGUACGAAUUUGUUAUUUUUAAUAUUUUUUAUUACUUUCGAUUCAAUUAUUGCUUGAAUUUAUGAUGAAAAAAAUAUAUCGCAAGUAAUACAAUUAAGUAAUAUAAUUGCUAUUAAGUUAUCACGCAUUCAAUGAGUCAUUAAAGAGAUUUAAAAUAAAGAAAUGAAAUAUCGAUAACACGUACAAGAUGAGAGAUAAACUUUUCAGUUGAAAAUUGUUCGAAAGAAAAAUAAAACUUUAAAGAAGCUUAAACUUAAAAAAAAUCUAAAAAGUUGAAUAGAUAAUCGUUCAAACAAAAAAUUAACAUCUUCAACUUUGAAGCAUAAAAUAAAAAAAAAUGAUGAAAAAAAUAAUUUUUUACUGUGAAAAACUUUUAAGAAUGAAGCACAUUUAUUGAUUAAACUUUCAUUUCUUCAACCAUUUCGAAAAUCUAACUUUAACACAAUGAAACUUUGUACAAUUGUCAACUAAAUAUCUAAACUAUAUUUAAAUAUUUUUUUAUUUUUUACUUUCACUCAAACUUUUCUUACAUCGCGCAAAUUUCUACAAUUUAUAAUGUGAAACGUACAAUCAUUCUUCUCUUAGUUUAAUUAAAUUCUACUUGACCUUUGAUCUUUAUUUCAUUAAAAAGGCUCUCAGAUACAUGAAAUAGAAAAUGGAAGAAACCUAUUUGUUUAGUUAUUAACCUGCUUCCCACCCACUCGCUUUAAAACGCCAGUGUAGCUGAAGAACGUUCUCGAUAAUGAAAAAAUCUUGUUUCAAGUCGUUCUGGAUAAGAAAACAAGAAAAAUAUAUUUAUUGUGAUGUUCUCUAUGUUUUUAUUAUGCAAAAUUAAUAAGAAAAUGAUGAUGAUAAUGAUAAAUGAAGAAAAAAAAUGUAUUAUAAUUAAGUUCUGCUUUUAUUUUAAAAUUAAUCGCUGACAAAAGAAAAACCACAACAAAACAAACUUGUACUGUUAAUUCUUUUUGUAUAUAUCAAAGAAGAAAAGAAAAAUCCUAAAAGCAUUUACAUUAAUUAUGAUGGAAUAAGAAGCUAUUUAACAAAAAAAUAUAUUUGAAAUUACUAACAUAAGAUGCUGAAAAAGAUCGGAGAUAAAAAGGUGAAAAGUAGAAAUAUGUUCAAAAUGAAAGAAAAAAAAAUUAAAUUAUAUUAUCAAUAUUAUGAUCUAAUUAAUCCUAAUCUAGUCGUUUCUUGAUAAAGAUGAUGAUAAGUGAAAGAAGAUGAAGAAGCUGAGUAAUAAAGAAAACAAAGUUUUAUUUAUGAUGAAGGUGAAACAUGAUAGGAAAGUAAAAAAAGGCUUCAAACUAAACCAAAAUAAAAUUUAAAAAAAAAAGUGAAAGAAACCAAUAAAGUAAUGUAAAUUUUAAAUUAUAUAUUAAUGAUGAUAAAAAUGCUAGGAUAUUAAUUUGCUAGACUAUUAACACGAGUUCAACAGCCAAACUCAAAAACCAAAAUUGUGUAAUAACAAGAAAAUCAAGCAAAAAAAUUGUAGGAGAAAUGUUGAGGAAAUAAGUUCGACGAAAUUUUCUCAGUAAACAAUCUGCCGCUAAUAGCUUCGGGGGCUUUGAAUGUUCAAGGCCUUUGGGGGUCAAUGACAACUUAACAUACGUCGAGACUUUUUACACGCGGUGGAUAGAAACAAGUGCCGUGAUAAAUGCUAAAUAUGUAAAACAUUUUCUCCGAUGGGAACGUCAAGAAAAUUGAAACACAGCAAGUUGAAAGUCUCGGUCAGGCACAAAAUAUUUAUUCUUUUUUUUUUUGAUAAGAACCAUUGUGAGUCAAGAAGCUCAAAAACUAACUAAAAGUUAUCGUCGUGGAAAAAAGAAAAUCUUUAAUGUUAAAAUGGUUAAAUUGUUUUUGUUUCAAGUUGGAGUAGCUGAUAAGAAAAUUUAAAUUCUUUUUAAUUUUCUUCAACUUUAAUGAUUUUUAGGAUAAAAUUCUUAGGAAAAGAGAAAUAACAAAAACAUAUUUUCGUUUCAAAUUUUUUUUCAUUUGAAUUUCAUUUUUCUUCAGAAAUAGAAAAGAAGAAGCUUCGCUGUCCGUGAACGUGACGUCAGUGGAUUGCGUUUGGCAAAGUCAAUAGUUGUUUGAAAAUGUUUUCACCUUGACUCGAAUUACAUCGCAGAUUUUCCCCCCUAAAGCGUUUUUCUUUUCAGAAAAUGUGUUCAGUUCUAUUAAAAAGUGGAUCAAUCGUAAUUAAAUUCUAUCUAAACAUCAAAAUAAAUUUAACUAAAUUGCUUCAAUGACUGAGAAUGUUUUUUAAGAAUUGAUUUUCACUGUUUUUUUCUUCACGAAGGAAAACAUUUUCCGCAUCUAUUUACAUCAUCACAAUUCACUGACAUUGAAAAUUGAAAAGAAAGAUGAGAAAAUUUAUAUGACAAGAAAAAAUGUCUAAAACGGAAAAGCGAGAAAAUUUCACAAUUCUUUUCCUUUAUUAUUGUUUUGAUAAACUACAGAAGUAAGUGAUGUAGAGCUUGACAUAAAAUUUUGGGAGGAGAUCUAUGACGACAUUCAAUUCAAUCAUAAUUCACGAUAAGAAAGCCUAUCAAUCUCGUUUGAAGUAAAACAUUCGCGUGGAAGACAUGAUCUAUUUAGUACAUUUCAACAUUUUCUUAUCAGGGAGAUAAAAUAAUAAUCAUAAAUAAAGUUAAAGAAAAAGUGAGUUAAAGAAAAUUAAAGAAUUUUAAAUUCGCUUCUAAGAAUUUUUCUCUUCAACUUUUUCACCAACAGCACUCGAAUCACGAAAAUAUUCCACGCGAAAGUUUCUUCGUCGUGACUAAGGAAAAUAUUUUUUAAAUAAAUAUCAAAAAAAGUUUGCAGACUUCCCUGAGCUUCGCUGCAAAAUUUAAUUUCGCUAAAUUUCCACGAACGAUUUGAACGAAAGGAAAAAUCUUUCCAUACAUUUUCCUCGUAAUUUCCUUAAAAACACGAUAAAAAGUUAAUUUAUUCUCAUCCGCGUUGCAAAACCAUUUCUUCACCGCAUUUUUUUAAAUUGUCAAGGGUGUUGUGUUGAUAACACGAUUGAAACAAGGAAAUAAUUAAAAAGUUUUAUUACCAAACCAAGUACGCAAAAAACUGUUCAUUUCUUCUUUUGUAAUAAAUAAAAUAAAUAAAUUAAUAAAUAAAUAAUAGCGUAAACAUUCUGAAAAGAAAAAAAGGAAAAUCAUACAGAAACUUAUCAUUAACUGAAACAGCUCCAUUUAAAGCAAAACCACUGAUAAAAAAUAGAAGUAAAGGAAGAUUUAUUGGCUAAAAUGAAAUGAAAAAAAAAAUGGAACAAAAUACGUGUUGCUCUAAAUUUGAUUCAUUAUAAAUAAAUAAAUAUAACAGAAAUAAAAUGCACAAAAAAACAUUAAACAAG